CCAACAACUUCAGUUGUUCCCACAAAGCCGAUGACAGAGAACGCCUUUCCAUAUCCCAGGAAAUAGCAUCAUACAAUUAAGUAAAACAGUUCCUGAGCUCCACAAAGAUUCUUAAUCCCCCAAAGAGAAGAUCUUAAGCACUUUGCACUGUCCCUGAAAACCUCGGCUUCCUAAAAAACAUUCUUUAUUAAGUAUCUGCUUUCCUGUUGCCAUGGAGAAGGUGCAGUACAUGACCCGCUCUGCUCUGAGGAGAGCCUCAACUAUUGAGGUCAACCCACAAACCCGUCAAAGGCUUCAGGAGCUCUUUAUAAAUUUUUGCCUUAUCUUAAUAUGCCUCUUGCUUAUCUGCAUCAUUGUGAUGCUUCUCUGAAACCCAGCAUAUUUGAUUCAUCUUCACUCCAUUAUGAAAUGGAAAAAGCACGUCAAAGGGGGAAAAGAACCGAGCAAGAAUCUUCCAGAACAAGGACAUGCUUGCAAGGAAGUCCACCAUUUGGACUAAGCAAUGUCUCAUCAACUGCACAGUUCACUUAUCAACCAUUGUAACAGAAUUAAAAUCACCUGAUCUGGACAGCAAUUUUGACACCUACUGUCACAAGGCUAUGCAUGAGCUAAAUCUUACUUGCCCUGCUAAAAAGGAAGUCUUCUGUGAAAGCUGCAGUCCACUGUGUUUGGUUUGUUUGUUUUACUGAAUUGAUGUGUUAGUAAAAACAGCUAUAAAAUGUUUAGUAGAAACCAUAAACGUUUGGUACCAAAUGGUAAAUCUGAACUACGAAAACACCAAGGUCAGCCAUGAAUGAACUAUUAAUAGGUAUACUAUAUAUUCUAGAAACACCCUUGAGCAGUCUGUUUUAAGAAUGUGAUUAUCUUGAUUUUAAAUUCAAGCUGUUAACAAUUUUGUUCGAUCAUAUUUUCAACAGAAACUCUGAAAAUAAUGUUAAACAUCUGAAAAAUAAAAAUAUUAAAGUGAA